AAAAUGGUACAGCCUUGUGUAGGUGGGUGUGAUGGGGACUGUCUAUUUCUAGAAUUGGUCUGGUGGCAACCCAAAGGUACUGAAAAAGCCGGAGUGACAAGGGACCUGGCUCACUGUGGGACACCCGUGCUGUGAGCCUGGUCUCUCUGGCAUGACACAAGGGGAAAUGGAGACGGUGGAAGUGUUCACUUCGGAAGGCAAAGGCCGGGGGUUGAAGGCAGCCAAGGAAUUCUGGGCUGGAGAUGUCAUCUUCGCAGAGCCAGCCUAUGCCGCAGUAGUUUUUGACAGCCUCACUUCCCUGGUCUGUCACACCUGCUUUAAAAGGCAGGAGAAGCUCCACCGCUGUGGCCAGUGUAAGUUUGCCCACUACUGUGAUCGCACCUGCCAGAAGGAUGCCUGGCUGAACCACAAACAUGAGUGCUCUGCCAUCAAGGCACAUGGGAAAGUGCCCAACGAAAACAUCAGGCUGGCAGCCCGCAUCAUGUGGCGGAUAGAGAGAGAGGGAGGUGGUCUUACGGAGGGCUGCUUGGUCUCCAUUGAUGACUUGCAGAACCACGUGGAAAACUUUGGAGAAGAGGAGAAGACAGAGCUGAGGGUCGACGUGGAGAGUUUCCUCAACUUCUGGCCGGCCCAGAGCCAGCAGUUUGGCAUGCAGUACAUCUCUCACAUAUUCGGAGUGAUAAACUGCAAUGGCUUCACCCUGAGUGACCAAAGGGGACUGCAGGCUGUCGGUGUGGGCAUCUUCCCCAAUCUCUGCCUGGUGAACCAUGACUGUUGGCCUAACAGCACGGUGAUAUUCAACAACGGCAAUCAUGAGGCUGUAAGAUCAAUGUUCCACACACAGAUGAGAAUCGAGCUGCGGGCACUGGGUAAGAUCUCACCUGGGGAAGAGCUGACCGUCUCCUACAUCGACUUCCUCAAUGUCAGCAGCGAGCGGAGGCAGCAGCUGAAGAAGCAGUACUAUUUUGACUGCACGUGUGAGCACUGCCAGAAAGGGAUCAAAGAUGACCUGAUGCUGGCUGUGAAAGAAGGGGAAAACAAGCCCUCCCCAGAUGCAGUGAAGGACGUUCUCCAGUUCUCCAAGGACACCCUGGAGAAGAUCAACCAGGCCCGCUCCGAGGGGAUCUACCAUGAAGUUGUGAAGCUCUGUCGGGAGUGUCUGAAGAAACAGGAGCCUGUGCUGGGAGACACCAACAUCUACCUCCUCAGGAUCCUGAGCAUCGCUUCGGAAGUGCUCUCCUAUCUCCAGAUGUUUGAGGAAGCAGCAGGCUAUGCAAAGAGGAUGGUUGAUGGUUACCUGAAAAUAUACCAUCCCAACAACGCGCAGUUAGGGAUGGCAGUGAUGCGAGCUGGCGUGACGCACUGGCAUGCCAGCCUCAUUGAAGCAGGGCAUGGCAUGAUCUGUAAAGCCUAUGCUAUUCUCCUGGUGACCCAUGGACCUACCCAUCCAAUCACCAAAGACCUGGAGGUCAUGCGUGUCCAGUCAGAGAUGGAGCUGCGCAUGUUCCAACAGAAUGAGUUCAUGUAUUACAAAAUGAGAGAAGCAGCCCUGCAGAACCAGAAGAUCCAAGUAAUGCCUGAGCCCACCAGUGAAGCUUCGUCAGGCCUCUUCCACACGAAGCAGUAACCCCACAGCUUCCCAGAACCUGUAUACCUGCACAGCUGGUAGAGCAGCAGGCCUUUCUGUUCCAGAUCUGAAGAGGUUAUUUCCAAUAAGCACGGUGCCAUCUAACUAGGAACACAUCACUCUCUUGGGAGUGGCUCUUCUAGGUGCUCACAGCACCAGCUUAGAAAUUUCUCUGGAAAAUAGAUCUCCUUUCCACAAAUAAUAAAAAGGUCAUUAUAGCCUUGCUUCAGCAGUAAUUCAUUUUAGGUCCAGUUCUCAUCAAAUAAAACCAAGUCCUGA